UGCUCUUGGCCACGCGUUGCCUCUUACAGCGGCAGAGGGUGUUGAAAGCAGGCAGAGCACAGCGGUUUGUGUCCGCAGAGGUGCAGGAGUUUGUGGAAAGCACGUUGGUGGGACGCAGCGAGGGACGAUGGAACCGAGGUCUGGGCUCGGCCGGGAUUUGCCGCGAUGGAGCCGCAUAUACCGAGCUGCAUUAGCGAUAUUCCAAGAUAAGUGUUUGAUACAGGCGAUGUAUUGACAGGCAGGCGGGUUAUUCCCGGCGAGGCUGGCACAAGUCGCCAGAUGGCCAGAGGAGUGAGCAGUUUGAAGGUAGAGCUGCGAUGUACUGAUUAUUAUGUGCUGAGGAAGUGUGAAUCCAAAUGGUGGUGUAAUUUCAGAUUUUGCUUUGUUUGGGGAAUAGAGCGUUUCCUUCACCCAAGUGAGUAACGUGCUGGAAGCGUGUCAGCCUGUUAACUAUGGAAUCUCCCGGCAAGUGUGAAGGAUUUGUGUAGGUUUUCAAGGCUUGGUGACUGAAAUGGGUAGGAAAGUCUGGUCCGUGGUCCUCUGCUUUGAGCUGUUCUGCACGGUAGGUAAGUGAUGGGGUGAGCACACCUGACUGAAGAGGUUUGAGUAGGACAAGGCAGCUUCUGUUGCCAUUGGUGCCCUGAUACAGUCUGUGCUCUGUCACAAAACUGACACUUGUAUUACUUUGAAGGUUUAAAUUAGUUUAAAUGUGAUCAUGUCAUGCCUCCCCUAUUUUUUUUACCAGAGCACUAAUUUAAAGACACAAGUUCAUUUUUUUUUUUUUUGGUGUAUGAGGUACAGCAGACAAUAUUCUCUCUGAAAUCCCGUUGGAAAUCCGGAUUACACUGUAAGUAACAGAUGCGGACACUUUGAUUUUUGGCCUCUGUGAGCCAGCAAAUUGCCAGAUCAGUACAAAGAGCAGUUAUUGCUUUGGAGAUGCCGCUUUGGAGCGAUGUGGUCGCUGCGGGUCAUGGAUGGAGCCUCCGGCAUCGUGUGAAUGUGGAGACUGGGAGGUCAGUGGGGAUGGAAUAGAAGCGCUGUGAUUUGGGACUGAGAUGCGCCGGUUGGGAGAACAUGGCACUUUUGGGGUGGUAGCUCGGAGCAGAGAGGCACAAGCCAAGGUGUGUUGUCCCCUGGUCUGUGGUGGCGCAGGAGGGUACAGGUAAGAAGCGUGGCAGGGUUUAGGACAUGGAAACAGGGACGGGAACGCCCGCUGCAGUCAGGGCAUCGCUGCUGGCCAUGGGCAGGCCGCAUAGACACGAUCUCAGAAACCACAGGUUGACAGAACCAGACAGAAGUCCCGGUUGCGGGUCACGGAUGAAGCGUGUUGUACAAGAACUGCAGAAGGGAGGUCGGGCUGUGCUGCAGGGAGGGCCUGAGCCGCUCCGGCGCAUUGGACGGGGACUGGAGUAAGUACAGAACUGGAAUGGUGUGGGAGAGCCGUGCUGGGAGGAGGUGUCUGGACAGCCCUCUGCAGUCUUGUGACUUACACCACGGCUGCUUUGCAAAGCUUUAAAAAUAGGAGCAUAAACAAAACGUGGGGAGGAACAGCCAGCCCCUCAAUCUUCGGCCUUUUAAUCGUUAGCGCUUGCCAGGGCCAGUGUGAACACAAAGGAGAUGUGGAGCUGGCAGGGCGAGGGAGAGAUCUCCUAGGAGCUCUUGCUGUAAGUGCUUGCUCUUGGGAACCACUCAAUAGCUUUCCCAGAUGCCGCCGCUAACUGCUAAUGGGUAUUUUGGCUUGGUGAGCAAAGCGAGGGAUGCAACUGUUGGGACAACAAGCGAAGAGGCAGGCAGCAGGUGGAAGAACAUGGUAAUAGGGCUCUCUUUAGAGUUAAGUCCAGACUAACGUGUCCAGAGCAGCCCACGGUGGCUGCCCACCAACAUGCAGCCCUAACAGGAUUCCAAGUAAUCUUGUGAAGUGGAGCUGGGCGAGUGGUGAUUAUGUUCGGAGGUGAGUGUCGUGCCUGCUGAACUCCCUCAGACCCGCUAGCCAUGCCAGGGAUUGUCGUGUUCCGCCGGCGCUGGUCUGUAGGCAGCGAUGACCUGGUUUUGCCAGCCGUCUUCCUUUUCCUCCUGCACACCACCUGGUUCGUGAUCCUCUCUGUGGUGCUCUUUGGGCUGGUGUACAACCCCAACGAGACCUGCUCGCUUAACCUGGUGGACCACGGCAGGGGCUACCUGGGCAUCCUGCUCAGCUGUAUGAUCGCGGAGGUGGCAAUCAUCUGGCUCAGCAUGCGAGGCAGCAUCCUGUACACAGAGCCCCGGGACUCCAUGCAGUAUGUGCUCUAUGUCAGACUGGCGAUCUUGGUGAUUGAGUUUGUGUACGCGAUCGUGGGCAUCGUUUGGCUAACGCAGUACUACGCGUCCUGCAACGAUCUCACGGCAAAGAGCGUCACGUUGGGAAUGGUGGUUUGCAACUGGGUCGUCAUCCUGAGCGUCUGCAUCACCGUCCUGUGCGUCUUCGACCCCACGGGCCGGACCUUCGUCAAACUGCGCGCCACGAAGCGGAGGCAGCGCAACCUGAGGACCUACAACCUGCGACACCGGCUGGAAGAAGGACAAGCCAGCAGCUGGACGCGCCGGCUCAAAGUGUUUCUUUGCUGCACGAGGACAAAAGACUCCCAGUCGGACGCCUACUCGGAGAUCGCCUACCUGUUCGCUGAGUUCUUCCGAGACCUCGACAUCGUCCCGUCCGACAUCAUCGCGGGGCUGGUUCUCCUGCGGCAGCGGCAGCGGGCGAAGCGCAACGCCGUGCUGGACGAGGCAAACAAUGACAUUUUAGCUUUUCUGUCUGGGAUGCCCGUGACCAGGAACACCAAGUAUCUGGAUCUGAAAAACGCGCAAGAGAUGCAGCGGUACAAGGAGGUGUGUUACUACAUGCUGUUUGCGCUGGCCGCCUACGGCUGGCCCAUCUACCUGAUGAGGAAGCCCACGUGUGGACUCUGCCGCCUGGCCAGAUCCUGCUCAUGUUGCUGUUUCUGUCCCUCGCGUCCCCGCUACGCGCCCAGCGUCACCAUCGAAGAGGACAACUGCUGCGGCUGCAACGCCAUCGCCAUCCGGCGCCACUUCUUGGAUGAGAACAUGACCUCGGUGGACAUCGUGUACACGUCUUGCCACGACGCAGUUUACGAAACGCCUUUCUAUGUGGCUGUGGACCACGAGAAGAAGAAGGUGGUCAUUAGUAUCCGAGGAACUCUCUCUCCAAAAGACGCGCUGACCGACCUGACCGGGGAUGCGGAGCGCCUGCCAGUCGAGGGGCACCAUGGAACGUGGCUGGGACACAAGGGAAUGGUGCUGUCUGCUGAGUACAUCAAGAAGAAAUUGGAGCAAGAAAUGGUGCUUUCUCAAGCUUUUGGACGAGACUUAGGCAGAGGAACAAAACACUACGGCCUGAUUGUGGUGGGUCAUUCCCUGGGGGCUGGCACGGCUGCCAUCCUGUCCUUCCUCCUGCGGCCGCAGUACCCGUCGCUCAAGUGCUUUGCCUACUCUCCCCCAGGUGGGCUGCUCAGCGAGGAUGCCAUGGAGUAUUCAAAAGAGUUUGUGACUGCAGUGGUGCUUGGCAAAGACCUAGUGCCCAGAAUCGGUCUCUCGCAGCUGGAGGGAUUUCGCCGGCAACUUCUGGAUGUUCUUCAAAGAAGCACCAAACCAAAGUGGCGGAUCAUCGUGGGCGCUACCAAGUGCAUCCCCAAGUCGGAGCUCCCCGAAGAGACGGAAGAAAAUUCGGUGACGAGCAAUCGGCUGUGGACGCACCCCAGCGACCUGACCAUCGCCCUGUCCGCCAGCACCCCGCUCUACCCGCCCGGCCGCAUCAUCCACGUGGUGCACAACCACCCCGCCGAGCAGUGCUGCUGCUGCGAGCAAGAGGAUCCCACUUACUUUGCGAUCUGGGGUGACAACAAGGCGUUUAACGAGGUGAUCAUCUCGCCGGCGAUGCUGCACGAACACCUCCCGUACGUGGUCAUGGAAGGGCUCAACAAGGUCUUGGAGAAUUACAACAAGGGGAAAACAGCUUUACUUUCUGCAGCCAAAGUGAUGGUGAGUCCUACAGAAGUGGAUCUCACCCCGGAGCUGAUCUUCCAGAGCCAGCCCUUGCCCAGCGGACCUGCGGUGCAGAUUGGAACCGGAGCCGUAACCGCGGACAGGAGGAACAGCAGCACGAAAAGCAAGUCCCAUUCUGAAAUUAGCUUGGAGGGGUUUUACGAGACAAAGCCACUUUCUCCCGUGCAGAAAGAUCCCGUGGAGCUGCUGCUCCUGGACACAAAGGAACGUCUGUCCGUGGAGCUGCAGGACCGUCGCGCUCCUCUCGCCACCAUGGAGAGCCUCUCGGACAACGAAUCCAUCUACAGCUUCGAUUCGAGGCGCUCCUCUGGCUUUCGGAGCAUCCGGGGCUCCCCCAGCCUGCACGCUGUCAUGGAGAAGGACGAGACGCACUGUUUUUAUAUAGACCCCGUUAUUCCGGAGGAAAACCCCUCGCUCAGCUCGCGGACAGAGCUGCUGGCCGCCGACAGCCUCUCCAAGCACUCCCAGGAGACUCAGGCCCCCGACAACGUCCUCAACAGCGGGGGCACCACCCCGCAGCGCCGCUGCAGCGAGGAGGGGGCCAGCAGCGAGGGGGACCGCGCUUCCUUAGCCCCUCGCGAGGAGCUGGCUCUCCAAAACGGCCGCCUCGCCGACGUUCCCAGCCCCCAGGUGUUGGAGUUUGCGGAGUUUAUAGACAGCCUCUUUAAUUUGGAUAGCAAAAGCAGCUCCUUCCAGGACAUCUAUUGCAUGAUGGUGUCUGACAGCUCCAGUGACUUCGCAGAGAUGCCCAAAUCUGUGAGCGAUCAGGAGAUCCUGUUGAGGGCACAAUACGAACCCAACUUAGUCCCAAAGCCCCCGAGGUUGUUUGCAGGCUCAACAGAUCCUUCGUCGGGCAUCUCCGUCUCACCCUCUUUCCCCCUUAGUUCCUCUGGAGAACUCAUGGACAUCACUCCCACGGGCGUGAGCAGCCAGGAGUGCCUGGCCACGGAUAAAAUCCGGACUUCCACCCCCUCUGGGCACGUAACCAGCCCUGCCAAGCAGGACGACCUCAUGAUUUCAGCCCUCUAGUGCAGGGUGAACGGAGCGCGGCUCUGCGAGCUGAUCCUGCGGGCUGAGCGCUGGGAUUAUACUUGGAGAGGUGGUCGUCGGGCGGUUCGGAUCGCAGGAGACAGCUGGAAAAAAUGGCCCUUGUGGGCGCCAUGGUGGCGGCACGAUGUGUGGAGGAUGGAUUGUGCUCGGGUCCCGUUCUGGCAGCUGGGAGAGGCGGCGGCGCUUUGCACAGCCCGCUAAACCGCGGGGGUCUGAGUCGCUAAGGGUGGAUGCGAGUUCCCUACCUCAGCCUGUCUCGUGGGCUUCAGAGGCAGAUUCUUUGCCCCAGGGCACCUGCUGAGUUUGGGAGUGAGAUACCCGGCUUCAGGGAAUCCGCCGGUGCCAACGGGUGGAUUCUCUGAAGCUCGAGGAUGGGAUAGACAGAAGGAAUGGGGGACCAGGCCAGAUCAGCCUCUUGGUACCAUGUCGGAGGUUUUGGAAAUGAGCAGAUUGACACUUUGGGCCCUGUUGCACUAUCGAUGUCAGAUCUGGCCCAAGAUCCAAUUCAUCACACUUCCCCAGGGUUGCUUUUCUAGGCCACUCUCCUGUUUUAAAGCCAUUGGGGCUGUAUUCUCCCCAAAUGCAGUCUCCCCUCCCCGGGCCGCGCACAGCACGUGUGUUUCCUUCCCCAGAGUAUUUCUGCGUUCAGUGACCCCCGAGCUGCUGCUGGGAGGGAAGGACACUGUUCUGAAGAGCCAAAGCCCUUUGCCACGUCCCUCCUCUGCCAGAGAAGAGUUCUGGAUGUCACCGUCAUCGCUUCUCCGUUCCCUGGACCGCUCUGAGCUGGUGACGUCCCUGCAGGACUGGCAGGAUUCUCAUCUCGGACCUGCGUGGAUGGAUCAGCUGAAACGUUUCAGCAUCUCAACACCCAGCGUUGUUUGCCCGGCCCCUGCGGAGCGUCUCACAGUGCCCGAGUGCAGCUCAGCGCCAGCCUCUGUCCUUGGGCGUUCAGGGAAAACGUGAACUUUUUACUAAGUAUUGAAAUCUCUUGUGUGUUUACAGAGCUGCUAAGCUUUUCGGAAGGUAUUUAUUAAGCAAACAGGGAGGUUUUCCCAAAGCAAAAAGCAUGUUCAUUCUCUCCUUCCUGUGCUGUUCCCUCCGGGGACUGAUGGGGAGAGAGGAUGGACAGGUAGGAUUUUGCAAGUCCCCCGGUUUUAAAGUGGCGGGGGGGUCUGGGGGACACUGCGUGCGUCCCUCACCCUCCUCCUCCUCCUCUCCAUUGCACAACAUUGCAAAGCUUGACUAAGUCUCUAGUAAAACUACCUGAGCGCUGCUGUGCAGAGGGAGCCCGCUCAGAGCCCUGGGGAGGCGCUUCCCGACCACGGGAGCAGGAGAAAAACUACCUGGCUAGAAGCUUAAACAUACUGUGACCUCGAGAAAGCCUUUAAUUGACACAACACCUUCGUAUCAAAGCUCAGCAGAGUUAGCGGUCGGUCUCACUGGAGCUCUGUCCUCCCUCACUGGAAACAAAAUUCCUAUUUUAAUUUCCGUAUAAUCACAGGGAUGUUGUUGCUCUCCUUCCCCUUUGCUGCCCUAUUUCCCUUGUGGGAGGAUGCUGUGAACUGGAUUUUUGUGUCCAAGCGCUGAUCUCCCACUUGACAAUUUAAUGCGGGAUAUCGCGUCCCCCUGCUCCUUUACAAAUUCCAGGGGCUUUGUUAAACGGGCAGCGAAAUAUUGUCCGUGCAGUUUAGGUUCCAUAGGUGACCUUUUCUACCCUGUCUUGAAUUGGAGGGAAGAAGCCCCUCUGAAUUCCGAGUAAUUUGCAAAAGCAAAAUGCUUUUAUUCUUAGCAACAAGCUACCUUUUUUGUAGAAAAGAGCAGCGUUGUUCCCCUUGCCGAGAGCUCGGCUGCUUGAGGAGCGCGGCUGGAGCCGCUGUGUCAGUGCCAUCGCAUCACCCACUCUUGCGCACCCGGGGGUGAGGCCGAAUUGCUGCACGCACCCAAAAGUGAUGUCUGAGAAUACGCACAAUAAACGGGGUUUGGAGGGGAAAAGGGGAGCUGAGCGCGGGGAGGCUGGGGCCAGCGGGCUGGCUCUCCUCCCGCUGCCGACACGUGGCGAAACGGAGGUUGUUCCUGCCUCUAAUCCUCGGCAGAAGAUGGGUGGUAGUAACACUUAGCACUUAGGCAGAGCUUUAUAUCUGCAAAGCACUUUACGAACACUAAGGAAAGAAUCAUCUCUGUCCCUGGCGAUGAGGAAUUAGGAGGCGGCUGUUUCUGCGCACCCUGCCUGAGGAUGGGGGAGAUGGCUCGAGGUGAACAAGGUGGAUUUACCUCCCUCUUUAGAAAAAAUCUUUCAGUAGUGACGUGACGAUGUGGAAGGGGUCACGAUAUUGCACUAGAAAGUCACUUUGACCCGGGUGAACGUCCCUGUGUCCUGGGACACGUGCUCGUUGUGCUGGGGCUGUUUCCCUCUCUGCGCCAUGGGAGCCGAGUCCUGGGGAUGGGGUUCCCUCACCCCAACCAGCUGCAGCAGGAAGACACAGCCUGACGUGCUGCGGCUUUAUUGCUCUGUUCUGUGCCCUGUGAUUAUUUGGUUUCUUACGAAAAGCCUGGAAAUACCCAAAUUCUCCUGGUCUGGGCUUUUGCUGUAGAUGAAGGCAGUAAAGGUGCAAAGAAGCCCUUUUAUUUAAAGUUCUUACUGCAUCACGUUAAGGGUAAUUCCUGUUUUCUGUUGUUCUCUCUUGACAAACAGACCUGUUCCCAGUCCUCACGAAGCAAACCCAGGUUCUUUGCGUCAUUUCUGCUUUAAACGUCUCUGUGUGUCUCGAUUCUCAGCACUCCUGGGCUGUAAGAGCGUUCGGACCGGCUCAUCUCCCGGUUCAUCCGGCACGAGUCUAUCUGGAAAGCUCAAAAGAAAUAAGGCGAAGGCCGUAGCUGCCUCCUUCAUGCGCAGCACCGCCGGCUCUCGCUGCCCUCGCCCCGCUCUGGCGCGCUGCUGGUCUUAGAAACGUGAAGCAUCUUCAGCUUUCUGAACCUCUUGGCUUCUGCUUCCUACCUUUUGAGCUUUGUGCCUUCUAAUCUUUAUAAUGUUCCCUUGAUGUUCCGGUGGGAUGUUUCCCGCAUGGAGACGGUGCUGGAAGUGCGGUUCAUAUAACAGACACCAGGACCCAAGCUACAAGUUCACCCAGUUCAGUGGCGCAUCCUUCAAAUCCCCUGGAAGAGCUUUUUGGUAGAGAUGUGGAUCCCGAAGCAUUGAAAGCUCCCGGGGCCGCCCUUGAGUAGUUAAUGUUGGCUGGCUGUGGUUUCAGAGGCUCUGCUGUGACAAUAAUCAUUGCAUUUAUCGUCGCUUUAGUUGUAGCAGUGCCAAGAACACGCAGGACCCUGCGGUGCUGAGGAUGUACAAGUGCUGAGCAGAAAGCAAACGCUUCUCCAGCUCUUACUGUUGUCCCCUCUCCCUCUCUGGGGAGCUGCCCUUUCCAUUCAGAACAUGCAUUUUCUCCUAAAGCUGCCACUCUAACCUCUUUGCCCCCUGUUGCUGUCACCUAAACAGGAGCUAAUUCACCUCUCUUUUGGUCGCUCCAUCUCAGGAUGGUGGCGUCUUAAUUCACAUUAAGAAUGAAGAGAGCUGCCGCCUUCUGUGGUGCUGGAGGUUUUCUAGGGAGAUCAUUAAAAGGCUCUUCAGCUCUCUCUCGCUUUCCCUUACCUGUGAUCAGUAUUUCCAAUGUUCACCGUUUCUCCAAUUUGAAGAACUCUUAGAGGAAUCGUAUGAGGUAUUUUGCUCCCUAUGGAGGACCGAGGUGUCAAAGCUGGUUUUGAGUGGAGAUACAUAUCCUGCAACUCUUAUCUUUAUACUUUUAGGACACUGUUGUUUAGAUUGCAAUAGCAGCAGGACUUUGGUGGGAAGGAAGUGUUGCUGUCAGUGAACGAGGGCACGGAAGGGGAAGGAAAAGCACCGGAGGAGGAAAAGGAGUUGGAACUGGAUGAUCCUUAAGGUCCCUUCCAACCCAAACCAUCCUAUGAUUUAAUAAUGCUGCUGCCAAUGGACUUUCACAGAGUUUCUCUGCACUUUAGGAAGUAUAUAGACAAUCUCUGCAGUCCUUUUUCUACUUGGAACAGCAUAGGAUGAGUGGGUAAUUGUUAAUUAAGUGCCCCUCGUUAGAGUUCCGUAGCAUCAGUUAGGAGUUACUGAAGUACAUGGACCUAAAAGGGAAAUGGGUUAAAUACCCAUUUAGGCAUUGAACCUGAGAGCUCAGUGUAUUGUAUAAACCAAGAUUUAACGUGGAUGUUGUUGUUUCUUAGCUGUGAAAUGUCGGCUCCUUCCCUGCUGAGCUGUGUACUGGUGCCUCUUCCUUUAGGAAAGGGGAGGGUUGGAGACGCAGCUUUGCACAGUCCGAUGCUCUCAAUUAGGGAAUAUGUGGCUCGGAAGCACUGGCAGAAUGACGCUUGUUGCACGUUUUCCUCAAGGCCUGUGCAAUAUCAAACCUCAGCUCCGGAUUGAGGGGAGAAGCGGCAUUUUUUGUGCCACAGCUCCCUCUGAUGGCAGCGGCGCUGGGCAGAGCGCGUGUCCCGCUGCUGCCAGCCCUGCGGCUCGGGGGACAACCAGGGACAGACAAACUGCAGCUGGGAGGUGGGACAUAAACCCUGUUAGCGUGUGAACCCUGUGUCGUUAGGGCGGAGGAGCGUUUUUGGCCAGGGAUCCCCGGCUGCGUGACACCGGCCUGCGGUGCAGAAGGAGCUGCAAGCUGCCCGAGUUCUGCUGGGCUCCUCUCUUUCUGUGUCCCGACCAUAUCGACGCCCAGCGUGUCCCCACGAGCCAUCACGCUUCACGGUGAUCACCUGAACGUGUGCUGCUUGACGGCAUGUGCGCUGGAGACGCGAAACAAUCGAGGAGAGAGCAGGUCCCUGCUUUGUCCCAGGGCUUGCAGUCCGAAAAAGCAUCAUCUGUCUGAUGGUUUCUUUUAAUCUUUUUUGCUUCUUUUCUUGAGUUCAGACCUCUUGUGCCUUUGUUUCCCUUUGGCUUGAGGUCCAGACUUUUAUACUGAGCAUCUGCCCACGUCCUUUUCCCGCUUCUGCGCGUUGUCUCUUCUCCGGGUGUACGAAAGGGACCGCGGGGCGCCCGGGUUUGGCUUGGGGUUGCCCUUGAUGCUGGUCUCUGUCCCUUUCUGGUCUCCCCGCUGUCCCCUCUGCCUCGGGUCACAUCCAAGUGCCAAGAGCAAAGCCUGACCCGAGGCGGCUGUUUUCCUCCAGCCACGCCGCAAUUGCGGUGGUUUGUGUGCAGUGGACGGGAAGGCUCCGCACCGCGUCUCACCUUGGCUGUACGUGAACGCGGUCGGUGCUUGACAGGUCUGCUCACCGCUAAAACCCCCUCUCAGGUCUAUCCACGAGUAAAACUCUUCCUACUCUUCAAGAUCUGACUCUGGUUUUGUAAGAACUUGUGCCAAAAGGGACUUAACAUAUUCUGAACAGUGUUGAUUUACAGAGGUUUCUCUCGCCGUCUCCCAAAGGUAAGCUCUCUUCUUUGUAUAGAGAGUCGGGCAUUUUUGCUGCUUGAGUCCUCUGAGCUCACCACCUCAUCCUGUGCUCGGCUUUUCAUCUCCACCUGCCCAGCCUGUCUGAUGGGGGAACCUCUCUCUGACUCCUUAUUUAUUUCUGCAAAACCACCAAACAACAGAGCAGCCCAGGAACAAGCCUUUGCUUGGGGUUUUACUGGGAUUCCACCGGGGCUUUGUGCCGUUCCGAUGGCUCAGAGCUGGAGGUACCUGCUGGCCACGUCCACCGCUCAGGCUGGCUCGGUGACACGUGCCCGGUGUUGGCGCGAUGUGUUUUCUAGACCGCCACCACCACCAUUUUUUUGGGUCUUAAUUCCUUUAUUGGUGUGUCCGCUGGUGACAAAGCGGCAUCACCUGCAGCUCCUGAAGGCGACAGCUUCCCACACGCGACGGAAGGGGUGAUGCCCAGGAACAGCCUCAGGCUCCUGUCCUAGCGAUAAAUGUAGUGGCUAACAGCACAGGGAUGAUUCUGUGGUUAUCGGGGAUGGGUUCUGCCUCUCUGCGUGCACGGGGCAGCAGGAAAGGAGCCCCCUGCACUGUCACCUGUCCCUUGGCCCCGGUGUCCAGGCUGGGAAUGAGCAGAGACAGCGAGACCAGGAGGAACUGGUGGAAACUCUUUAUUUUCUCAUCUUUUGGGGCUAUUUUGUGCCAGCUGGGUGGGCUCUGUGUGCCAGGAGCUCGCUGGUGGGGUCUCCAUGGUAAAUAACUCCCUUACCUCCCACAUUUCCCUCUGUCUACGGACACCGAUGCCGCUAUGGAGAAACCCCUUCUGCCUGUUUCUGUCACCUGCGUCACAUCACGUGCCGGGGCAGCUCGGCGUAGGGCGGCUCCGAGUUAACCCCAAUUGCCUCUUUAUAGCUAAAACCUUUUGUGUUUAUGGGAGAAACGGCCCUGGGGAGCUCUGGGCCACUUUGGCUGCCUCCCACGGGGCUCAGAGCACUUGCAUAUGCAAUCGGGGGGGUGACAGCACAGGGUGCCGUGUCCCCAAGCUCAGCCGAGAGGUCACUGCCCGUCCUGGGAACGCUCCGCGCUGCCCCGGCACCGAGACGACAAGGACACUCGAGCACUCCUCAUGUGCCAUUCUCACGUGACUUUUUGUACCUAUGUAUGAAAGAUCCAAACUAAUAUUGCUGUAAAGAAAGAUUACAGAUUAAUAUAGCAUAUUAUAUAAAGAGAGAUGUAUAUAAAAGUUUCUGUACAUUGUACGGCACUGUGUAUAAACUGGAUGUCGAAGCAUG